GGAGACAGAUUUUAGUGCCUGUUGGCAGAUCCCCACCCCCUGCACUCUCCUGCAGUACAGGGGGCUUGGAGGGAUCUCUCCGGCCCCUGCUGUUUUUGAAAAGGAUGCGGUGAGACUGUGUGCCUGGCAUCUGCGUGCUGCAGCAGUGUGGGGCUGACAGAGUGUGUCAACUUGAGCUCCGGCUGUGCAGGCACCGCUGCUGCGGGAGCCUGUUAUUCCAUUCUGGAUUGCUAUUUUGAUACCCAGAUUGCAUCAUUCUUCCUACGUAUAAACAGGGGGUCCCCAGGGCCCUGCAGCUACUCACUUCUCCACCAACACUGUUGUUGUGAUGAGCUCUAUUUAAAUGAGCUGCCGGAUCGGGGCAGGUUCCAGCCACAUAUGAGCACUGUCAUUUUGGGGAACAUGGAGGGCUGAAGGAUUUUUAUGGACCGAGUCCUCAAAGGCUGAGGGUGACGGCCUCCCGAGCUGAGCAGAGGGCGGCAGAGCUAGUUCCUGAAAGUUGAAAAAUCUCGUUUUCUUCCCUCUGAGCUUCUAUUCAGAGGCACCCAGAGGAUUAGGAAGGAGAUGCAGCUAGGAGGAGAGGCGCCUCUUUGAGGUCUCCCUCUUGCUGCUCAGUUUGGGAAAAUUGCUGCAGAGACUUGGAGAUAAACAGGAACAGGAGGAGUCAACCUCGCUCCUUCUUGCAGGAGCAUCUCAGGUGAUGCUCUAAUUACAGAGCAACAGGGUGACAGGUAAGCCUGGUGGCCGCCAGGGGCGAAAUCGGCAGUGAGCCUAGGUGUGUCUCGGAUCAAAAUCUGUCUUUCUAACAGAGCUCAUCUCCUGUCCUGGAUGUCAGCGUGUCUAUCUUACCAGAGAUGUAACUGAACAUAUUUUCCUUCAGUGCUUUUCUCCUGUGAAACCCACUAUGGCCAGGGCUUCUCCCCUUUGAAGAAGUUGACUGCUCUGCUAUCGCUUGACAUCUUCCUCUGCUGUAACUUCCCCUCAUCUACCUCCUCGCCAUCAGCAAUCAACAUAGUUGUUUCCUAUUGAACUGCUCUGAGUGCAAGGAGAAGCGGGCAGCACACAUCCUCUGCACAUACUGCAACCGCUGGCUGUGCAGCUCCUGCACAGAGGAGCACCGGCAUGUCCCAGCCCCGGGGGGCCCACUCUUUGCACGGGCACAGAAGGGAUCCUCAGGGGUGAAUGGUGGCUCUGGGGACUUUGCCUUGUACUGCCCUCUGCACACACAGGAAGUGCUCAAGCUUUUCUGCGAGACGUGCGAUGUACUCACCUGCCACAGCUGCCUGAUGGUGGAGCACAAAGAGCACAGAUGCAGGCACGUGGAAGAAGUUCUACAAAACCAGAGGAUGCUCCUGGAGAGUGUGACUUCCCAGGUGGCACAUAAGAAAUCCAGCCUACAGACAUCUGCAAAGCAAAUCGAGGACAGAAUUUUUGAAGUGAAGCAUCAGCACCGGAAGGUGGAGAACCAGAUUAAAAUGGCCAAGAUGGUCCUCAUGAACGAGUUGAACAAGCAAGCCAACGGGCUCAUAGAGGAGCUUGAGGGCAUCACUAAUGAGAGAAAGCGAAAGCUGGAGCAGCAGCUGCAGAGCAUCAUGGUUCUCAACCGGCAGUUUGAACAUGUGCAGAAUUUCAUCAACUGGGCUGUCUGCAGCAAAAGCAGCGUCCCUUUCCUUUUCAGCAAAGAGCUGAUUGUGUUUCAGAUGCAGCGGUUGCUGGAGACGAGAUGUAACACAGAUCCUGGCUCUCCUUGGAGUAUCAGAUUCACCUGGGAGCCCAACUUCUGGACCAAGCAGCUGGCUUCCCUUGGCUGCAUAACCACUGAAGGUGGACAGCUGACCCGGGCAGAUGCUGCAGCUGCCUCUUAUGGGAGUUUACAGGGGCAGCCAUCUUUUUAUCAGAGCCACCAGGCCCCCAUGGCUCAGCAGGAGGCACUCAGCCACCCCUCACACAAGUUCCAGUCUCCAGCACUGUGUUCCUCGUCUGUCUGCUGCUCCCACUGCUCUCCAGUCUCGCCUUCCCUCAAAGGUCAAGUCCCUCCACCCAGCAUCCACCCGGCUCACAGUUUCCGACAGCCUUCUGAAAUGGUGCCCCACCAGCUGGGGUCACUGCAGUGUUCUACCCUGCUGCCCAGGGAGAAAGAGCUGGCCUGCAGUCCUCAUCCACCCAAACUGAUGCAGCCCUGGUUGGAACCACAACCUCCUGCAGAACAGGAGAGUACAUCCCAGCGGCCAGGACCGCAACUGGUUUCCCAGCCUGUGUGCAUCGUCCCUCCGCAAGAUGUGCAGCCAGGAGCCCAUGCCCAGCCCACCAUACAGACACCCUCCAUCCAAGUUCAGCUGGGCCACCAUCAGAAGCUAAAGCUCAGCCACUUUCAGCAGCAGCCGCAGCAGCAGCCACCCCCACCACCGCCACCUCCCCCACCCCCCCAGCAUGCACCUCCACCCUUGCCUCCAUCCCAGCACCUGGCUUCCAGUCAGCACGAGAGCCCUCCUGGGCCUGCCUGUUCGCAGAAUGUGGACAUUAUGCACCACAAGUUUGAGCUGGAGGAGAUGCAGAAGGACUUGGAGCUUCUCCUGCAGGCCCAGCAGCCUAGCCUGCAGUUGAGUCAGACCAAGUCUCCUCAGCAUCUUCAGCAAACCAUCGUGGGGCAGAUCAACUACAUCGUGAGGCAGCCAGCACCCGUGCAGUCCCAGAGCCAGGAGGAGACCCUGCAGGUUACAGAGGAGCCACCAGCACCUGAGGGCCCAAAGCCAGCUCUACCUGUUGACAAGAACACUGCUGCUCCCUUGCCCCAGACAUCUGGGGAGGAAACGCCUCACAGUGUCCCUCCAGUGGAUGGCACCUCCCAGCACUCUUCUCCAAAUGUGGUGAGAAAGCACGCCACCUCAGUGAGCAUCAUGGGCUUUUCCAACACUGUGGAGAUGGAGUUGUCAUCUACCAGGCUGGCGAGGACCAUAGAGCCACAGAUACACAGGGUGAGCAGCCUGACAGCUGCCCCCACCCACACAAUUCCGAGCUUGCUGAGUGGCCCACCACAAACUGUGUCCAGCCUGAUGAGUGUUUCAAACCAUGCCAUGCCAAGCCUGACAGCCAGUCACCUGCAGCCCGUGCCAAACCUUGUGCGUGGCACAUUCCAGUCCACGUCGAACCUGAGGGGUGAUUCCUCUCAAGCCAUCACAGGCCUGGCAAGUAAUCACUCACAAGCUGGGCCCAGCCUAAUGUCUGGGCACACCCAGGCUGCGCCGAGUCUGGCCACUUGUCCUCUGCAGGGAAUGCCACCGGUUUCUGAUGUGCAUGUGGAGCCGAGAUCCGUAUCCAGUCCUGGGUCUGGCCCAGCUGCAGAAAGCCUGGGUACCAGGGAUGGGGCUGAGUCCUCCCUGGGGAAUGCCUUGUGUAAGAUGGAAAGUGAGGAUUGUACCCGUUUCUCAGACUCAGUAGGACAAGGCCCUACAGCCUCCAGUCUGGAUGGUCCCAAGGAUUUGGCUAUUCCCUCAGAACUGGAGGAACCAAUUAACCUCUCUGUGAAAAAACCUUUCCUGGCACCAGUGAUCAACACAUCCACUGCUCUGCAACAGUACCGGAAUCCAAAAGAAUAUGAGAAUUUUGAACAAGGAGCCCUAGAGCUGGAUACAAAGGAGAAUUCAGACAUCAGAGCUAUCAGUAGUGAGCCCAAGAUCCCCUACGUGCGACUGGAGCGGCUCAAGAUCUGUGCUGCCUCAUCAGGAGAGAUGCCUGUGUUUAAGCUGAAGCCCCAGAAAAAUAGCCAGGACGGAAACUUCCUCCUGGUGAUUGAGUGUGGCACUGAGUCCUCCAGCAUGUCCAUUAAGGUCAGCCAGAACAGCCUGCCUGAUGCCAGCCAGGGCCCAGGUCUUGGGGGAAGAAAGGUCACUGUCACAUCUCUGACUGGGCAGCAGCCACAAGAGGUGGAGAGCACAUCUGAGGAACACAGACUCAUCCCCCGAGCUCCAGGAGCCAAGAAGAACACCCCGGCCCCCAUAGAGAAUGAGGACUUCUGUGCGGUGUGCAUCAACGGUGGGGAGCUGCUAUGCUGUGACCGCUGCCCCAAAGUGUAUCACCUUUCCUGCCACGUGCCAGCCUUGCUCAGCUUCCCAGGGGGAGAAUGGGUGUGCACCCUGUGCCGCAGCCUGACGCAGCCUGAGAUGGAGUACGACUGUGAGAACGCGCGCUACGGUCACCCUGGAGUGCGGGUACUUCCCGGCCUGAGCAUGUAUGACCAGAAGAAGUGUGAGAAGCUGGUCCUGUCCCUGUGCUGCAACAGCCUCAGCCUGCCCUUCCAUGAACCAGUCAGCCCUCUGGCCAGGCAUUAUUACCAGAUUAUCAAGAGGCCCAUGGACCUGUCAAUCAUCCGGAGGAAACUGCAAAAGAAGGACCCAGCUCAUUACACUACUCCAGAGGAAGUGGUGUCAGAUGUACGCCUCAUGUUCUGGAACUGUGCUAAGUUCAAUUAUCCUGACUCGGAGGUUGCAGAGGCUGGCCGCUGUCUGGAAGUGUUCUUUGAAGGCUGGCUAAAGGAGAUCUACCCAGACAAAUGCUUUGCCCAGCCCCAGCAAGAGGAUUCAGACUCUGAGGACGUAUCUGGCGAGAGUGGCUGUUCCACUCCUCAGGGCUUCCCAUGGCCUCCCUACAUGCAGGAAGGCAUCCAGCCCAAGAGGCGACGGCGGCAUAUGGAGAAUGAGAAGACAAAGAGAGUGUCGUUUCGUCUGGCCAACAGCAUCUCGCAGGUGUGAGAGCUGGAAGGAGAUGGGGCACGCUGGUGGCUGAUGUCCCUGUCCUUGAGACCAUCCCUCCCCAUCCUUCAGCUUAUCCUCUUCAGAACGUGGCUGUGAGAUGAGUCUUGUUGAGCGUGCAGCGCUCCCUUCAUCAUUAGCAUCUCCAGUGUUUAUUUGGGAGCCAUAGUGCAUCCACCAUAAAGAUUUCAGUAAAACAGGGAAGAGGGAGGUGUUCCUCAUUGCCAGAGUAACCGGACAUAGAGGUUUUGUGCCUCUUCGGGCUCAGGAGGACCUGGCUUUCUUGCUGAGCUCUCUCAGCUGAGUGGAGCACACUCGGCUCACCUCUCUGCAGCCAGGGCUCAGGAACACCUUGUGUAUUUGAACUCCUGGCUUAGACACGGGUACAAGAAAGGAAGUGAGGUUUGGAUAUAUGGCAGGCCUGUGGUCCCUGUCCCAGCACAGCCAAAGAUUGUCACUGUUUGCCUUUGCUCGUCCUGUUGGGACAGAGGUGUCUGCCACCGGCAGAAUAAUGGAGGCUUCUCGAGGCCCUAGGUCUCAAUCGGUGCCUAUUUGGGUUCUAACGGUUUUCAGGGUAUUUGCUUUUCAUGUCCCCUUUCCUGAGUAGGACUUAUGUGGUCACUGUGAAAUGCUGUGUGUGGUUUGGUACUCUUGGCUGAGCUGGGUGGCAGUGCAAAGAUCAGUUUCCACUCACACCCAGGAGAUGCCAGCUUCAGAGUCUGUCCCUCUGUGUCCUAACUCUGGGAUAAUAACACUCCAGAGCCUGCCUUCCCAGAAGUCACUGGUAUGUGUGCCAGUGGCUCUUCCUUGAUUUCAGACAUCUGCAUCUUGAGUUCCACUUGGGACUAAUGUGACAUGAUGUCUGCUGCAGGAACUGAGGUCCCUGGCAAGGAUGACCCACAGCCAGUGCAGAGUGUCAGGCCUCUCCUGCCUACGAUUCUAGAUCUCUACUUUUUUCACUCAGCCAAAGAUCAGAACUGUGGCCAUGAUGCUCACAGCCCGGAAGCAGGCAACACUGUCACCCUUUAGUGUUGGAACUUGGAGAAGGCUACAGUGACUGGUAGGAGUCUGCUGAGGUGUUAGUAGGCUAAGGGUGGAGAAGGGGAAAAUUGGGAGGUGAGAAGCCUUAGGUGACUCUGAGGUUACAUCAGGGUUGUAGUCCUCACAGAAUGCAGAAAGGCCCUUCAUGGGAAUGGGGUGGUGGCAACAGAGCUACAGGCCACAUAGUGGAAGGAUCACUACAGUAUAGGCAGGGCGUUUGUGAGGACGCCUCUGAGACACAUACAGGGACAGGCUUCUUCGAAAGCAAGGGCUUGGCUGAGGAAGGACCUGUCGACUGUACUGCUGAUCGAGCGACAGGCCUGGCAUUUCAGUGGCCUGGUCCUGAGGCAUGGCAUGGCUGAUUUCAGGGGACGCUUGGGUCGUGGCUUUGUUUUUGUGAAGAGGUGCAGUUUAAGGAAGUGCUUUUUCGUAGAGCCUUUGCUAGGAAGCAAUUUUCUUUUUACCAAAAACCGUCUUCUUUGCCCGUGAGUCAGUAAGAGCACUUGAUCCCUUCUCCAUUGGGCUGAGGGGGCUUCUUCCCUUUGAAGCAAGCCCUGCCCACUGUCUUGUCAUCAGCAGUGCUGCUGCCGAGCUCUCCGAAGUAGAUGGGCUUCCAUACCCUGCUGUCUAGUUCCAGGCAGCAGAACCUUUACUUCACUCUUAGCCAGGUAACCCUGAAAGCAGUCUUCGCUCCUUGUGUUCACAAAGUUUUUGGGUUGGGGCUUAGGCUGCUUCUCUUUUGAGUUUUGCAUCUUUCUCUCUGAUUGGUCUGAUGAGGUUCCUUCUGUUCUGACCUUCCUAAUUCCUGUUUAUGGGCAUCUUUCCUUUUGUGGCCUGGAUUCCUACUAUAGUCUUCAUGGUGUUUGGCACUGGAAAGCCACCGAACACUGUGAUAGCUUGAAACCUAACAGCCUUUCCUGGACCAGCUGGAGACUGUGACCAUAAAAAUGGAAAUGCCUGGUUCAAAGCAUGGGUUCUCCUCUCUUGGUACAGUUCAUAGCUUGAGUGUGUCCUGUUAGAGCAAGGACCAGCUUCUGGGCCCAGAGAUCUUAGACAUGCAGCAGGCACGGCUCUGUUCCCUGGCUGUGAUAGGGCCCCUCUGUGGCGAGACACUCCCUCUGGGCGUCUGAGCAGGGCAGACAGAGAAGAGGGAUGCCUUUUUUCUUUAAGGCUGUGAAGCUCUGGUCUAUCAUUCCUUUCCUGUACUGGUUAGUCUGUGGGAUUUCUCCUGGGACCAAGUUUUAAAAGUCAUGUUAGAUUUUUUGUUUUUUGUUUUUUGUUUUUUGCAUGCAGAAAACAAAACUGAAAGUUAAAAAAAAUUAACAACAAAAGCAAUCACCUGUUCACUAAGUAACUUGUGCUCAUUUUCAUUGGAUCCUGCAGUGACUCAUUUCCAUAUGGUCGCAUUGUAAAGCCAGCUAAGUCAAAGUCAGGCAAUGGGAAUGCACUGAGUUCUGGUUAUUAUACUGUUCUGUGCGGCCCUAGAAGAUAAGAAACUUGUUUCUGGCUGUGCUGAGAAAUGCAAUAGUAGGGUGGCUUUGGGGGACACCAAGGGGAUUUUAGUACAAAGAUUGAUACAAAAUAUGGGUAUUUUGAUCCUCCAGAAUUCUAGCAACAGGUACAUGCCUGCUGCAGGAAUCUUACAGAAUGGCAGCUACUGGGUCCUCCUUGCACAUUGCUCCAUGGGAGACAUGGUUGGAAAGUCAGAGAAUGUUGGCUCCUGUCCCUAGUUUAGCCACAGGUCUUUGUGUGCCUCGUAAUAUCUAGGUCCCCCUUUUUGCUGGGUUGUGCUCCACUUCCAUCCCUACUGCACUGGUCACCUACUGAAGCACUUCUGAGCUGAGGAGUUGUCCCUGUGGUCCCUCUUCUCCAGUCCACUCACUCCCGAGCACCUGCCCUCUCCCUUUGCCCAUCCCAUGGCUACAUCUCCCAGACUUUCAGUCUUAUCUAGGAUCCUCUCCUCUUCCCAGCCUGAACCCAGGCCCCACCACAUGGUUCUUAUUAGCAUCUCAAACUUUCCUAACCUUUCCAACUUCCAGUUUCUCCAUUUUCCACAUCAGCCUGAUUUCUGCUUUUUGUUUUUGUUUUUGUUCUUCUAAGCAUGGCAGGUUUGGAGCUGCAGCCUCAGUAUUGAUUGGAAAUUCUUGAACUUGGUAUUAUGUGCUUCGGAUCUAUGUCCCUCAUCUUUGUUGUUAGCCAAUGACAGCUCACCAUCUGUUUCACUGAAGAGAGCUCAUGGGCAAGGGCUUCCUGCCCCCUGCCUUUCUUCCUGCUGUCCUGUGUGUGUAUGCCAUCUCCUUUCCUUCCCUGCUCUUCUGGUUCUGUGUUUUCUGAUCCGGGCUAUGUUCUCUAAGGCUCUGUUUUUCACUCCCAGGACUCUGUAGGCUCUCUCCAUUGCUUACCUCUCUCCACACAGCCUAACAAAGGUCUCUCAAGAUUAAAGCAAAACUGUCACGUCUGUGUCAUGGACCUUUUCCCCUGCCCAUUAUUCUUCAUUUAAAAUAAACCAUUUGACUGAGUGUGAUGGCAUACAUCUUUAUUCUUAGCACUUGGGAGUUCAAGGUCAGCUUGGUCUACAUGUGGCUCACCCAGGGCUACAUGGUAAGACCCUGGCUCGGACAAGAGAGAAUACUUUUCUUUGAUUCUUCUUCCUCUUCGGUCCUCUGUAGGUUUUCAUGAGAGUGACCACAAGCUACCAAAUGACAUGCCUUUCACUUCUCUGCUGCCUCGAGCUCCUCAUGGCGUCUCACCAGCCCAUCUUUCCCCUGUGCAGCUCUCUCUUCACCGUCUUUCAGGGUAUCCGAUGUUGCUACAUUAGCUUUAUCUCAGCCACUGAGGCCGUGCUUGCUGGAAACCUAGACAGAGGGAUGUGCCUGGCUGUCAUCAUUUUCUCCUCCUCAGGGCCUGGGUGAGCAAGAAGAAUCAUAGUUGCUCCUGAUUUUUCCUCUCUGUUUUUCAUGAAUCCCUUCUUCCUGGAUUUGGUUCUCCUCUUGUGAGCUUGUUCUUCGUCAGUGAAUCCUUCCCUCUGUUGUUCCCAGGAGACACAGAGAGACACACCAGUGUGUUAAGAGCCCCCAUGUCAGUCAGCCUAGGUGGGAGCUGGAUUUUGUAGCAUGCAACCUGCUGUCUGGCUCAGCUGGGAAUCCACACUGGUGGACAGCUCACCAUUAUGAUCUGUACCAGUUGGUACCUGCCUUGGUCAGCAGGGAGCUGAGGAUCAUAGGAAGGCAUGCUUCCAUGCAUGGUUCAGUAUAGUCUCAGCAGGGUGGGGUCUGUUCCUAUGACCUUCCUGAGGGAGCAGGAGACUGAGCAGUGUUGUGAUUCCUCACCUGAGCUGAGCCUGGCUCAGGUAGACUCCUCCCACAGGUCUUUCCCAUUUGUGCUGAUCAUUCCACAUCUGCUUGCUUUAGAUGUUACAGGGCUUGAGGCACAUGGUAGUUGCUUUCUUGGAGGUACUGUAGAAGGACAUCUGGCUUGAGUUUUGGAAUCUGUUUUGGCAUUGUCAAUGAUGGGAGGUAUGACCUUGGGUAUAGUUCCUUCAUUUAUAAAGUUAGGAGUCUCUCAGAGAUUCUGUAGUUCUAAAGAUGAUAACUAUGAUUCUAACUCUGAAGCCCAGACCACAUAGGGUCAGAGGAACCCUGGGAGUGGGGACACAGCUAGAGAAGUCCCAACCAGGCAGGGUAACAAACUCUACAGGCCAAAUUGCGCUGCUUUGGAGAAAGUCUUCCCUGGCUGGCGCUGCUUCAUUGAGCCAUAUGCCCAUACCUCAAGCUGGACACUUCUUGGUGUCUGCACACGUUCCUCCUAGAUGUGGUCAUAUGAUCCAAAGUGGCUAGGGGCACAAGGAAAGGAUUUAAGGGGAAGCAAAAUUGAUUUUAAAUAGACCUACACAUUCAAAAUUAAAUAAAAAAUAACACUUUCCUUUACCAGCAA